UUCGCACAUGCCUACAUAUACUGCAACCAAAAUAUGUGGAAAGAACUCAUAUGUAAAGACGUUCCUUGUUCUUCUCUGCUCAGCUUUUCGAGAUGGGAGACAUGUUGAUGGAGGAGUUUGGGGUGGCAGGUCCAUUUCUGCGUAAACCCGACAAGGAGCGUAUGGAAUGUCAGACUAGAACUUUUGACAUAAAGAGGGAGUGCUAUGUGCCCGACCCAGAGGUGGAGUAUGUUAAGGGAACGGUCUCCAGUAGAGACGGGGCCAAAGUCACAGUUCAGACUGAGUUUGGAAAGACUGUAGUUGUAAAGGAAGAUGACUGUCACCCCCAAAACCCGCCAAAGUUUGAUAAAAUUGAGGACAUGGCGAUGUUCACCUUCCUGCACGAGCCUGCUGUGCUGUUUAACCUCAAAGAGCGUUAUGCAGCCUGGAUGAUCUACACCUACUCAGGACUGUUCUGUGUCACUGUCAACCCCUACAAGUGGCUUCCAGUGUACGAUCAGUCUGUUGUCAACGCUUACAGAGGCAAGAAGAGGACUGAAGCUCCUCCUCAUGUAUUCUCUGUCUCUGACAAUGCCUACCAAUACAUGCUGUCAGACAGGGAAAAUCAGUCCGUCCUCAUUACUGGAGAAUCCGGUGCUGGAAAGACUGUUAACACCAAGAGAGUCAUCCAGUAUUUUGCCAGCAUUGCUGCUGUUUCUGGAAAGAAAACUGCUGCAGAAGAGAAAAAGGGAACCCUGGAGGAUCAAAUCAUCCAGGCCAAUCCUGCUUUGGAGGCUUUUGGCAACGCCAAGACCAUCAGGAAUGAUAACUCCUCCAGAUUUGGAAAAUUCAUCCGAAUUCAUUUUGGAGUCAGUGGGAAGCUUUCAUCUGCUGAUAUUGAGACGUAUCUUCUGGAGAAGUCACGUGUUACUUUCCAGCUCAAGGCUGAGAGAGACUAUCAUAUCUUCUACCAGAUCCUGUCCCAAAGAAAACCAGAACUACUAGAGAUGCUUCUCAUCACCAGCAAUCCCUAUGACUAUGCCUUCAUCUCCCAAGGAGAGAUCGCUGUAACUUCCAUUAAUGAUUCUGAUGAACUCAUGGCUACAGACGAUGCCUUUGAUGUUCUGGGCUUUUCCCAAGAGGAGAAGAACGGCAUUUACAAGCUGACUGGGUCCAUCAUGCACUAUGGCAACAUGAAGUUCAAGACCAAACAGAGAGAGGAGCAAGCAGAGGCAGAUGGCACUGAGGAUGUAGACAAAAUCGCAUAUCUGAGUGGCCUGAACUCUGCUGACCUGGUGAAAGGGUUGUGUCACCCAAGGGUCAAAGUAGGAAAUGAAUGGGUCACCAAAGGUCAGAGUGUUGACCAGGUAUACUACUCUAUUGGUGCGCUGGCCAAAUCAAUCUAUGAGAAGAUGUUCCUCUGGAUGGUCAUAAGAAUCAACGUUACUCUGGACACCAAAAAUGCUCGCCAGCACUACAUUGGUGUGUUGGACAUCGCUGGCUUUGAAAUCUUUGAUUUCAACACCUUUGAGCAGCUGUGCAUCAACUUCACUAAUGAGAAGCUGCAGCAGUUCUUCAACCACCACAUGUUUGUGCUGGAGCAGGAAGAGUAUAAGAAGGAGGGAAUCAUCUGGGAGUUCAUUGACUUCGGCAUGGACUUGGCUGCCUGCAUUGACCUCAUUGAAAGGCCCAUGGGUAUAAUGUCCAUCCUCGAAGAGGAGUGCAUGUUCCCCAAGGCCAGUGAUGCGACGUUUAAAGCUAAGCUGUAUGACACCCAUCUGGGUAAAAAUGCCUGCUUCCAGAAACCCAAGAUUGUUAAAGGCAGGCCAGAGGCCCAUUUCUCCCUGGUUCACUAUGCCGGCACAGUUGAUUACAACAUUGGUAACUGGCUGGUGAAGAACAAGGACCCUUUGAAUGAGACUGUGGUCGGACUCUUCCAAAAGUCGAGUCUUAAGUUCCUGGCCAACCUCUUUAUCAGCUAUGCUGGAGUAGAUGGAGGUGAUGACAAAGUGGCUGGAGGAAAAAAGAAGAAAGGUGGAUCCUUCCAGACUGUGUCAGGACUGCACAGGGAGAACUUGGGUAAACUCAUGACCAGCCUGAGGUCCACUCAUCCCCACUUUGUGCGCUGCCUCAUCCCCAACGAGACCAAGACUCCUGGGGCCAUGGAGAACCCCCUGGUCAUGCACCAGCUGCGCUGUAACGGGGUGCUGGAAGGCAUCCGGAUCUGCAGAAAGGGCUUCCCCAACCGGAUCCUGUAUGCUGACUUCAAACAAAGAUACCGCAUCCUCAAUCCCAAUGCUAUCCCUGAGGGCCAGUUCAUGGACAAUGUGAAGGCUGCAGAAAAACUGCUAGGCUCCCUGGACAUUGACCACACCCAGUAUAAAUUAGGACACACCAAGGUGUUCUUCAAGGCUGGUCUCCUGGGGACCCUUGAGGAGAUGAGAGACGACCGUCUCUCCCUCAUCAUCACUGGCCUACAGGCUCAAGCACGUGGUCUAAUCGCCAGAUUUGAGUUCCAGAAAAUUGUUGAACGCAGGGAAGCAUUACUUGUGAUUCAAUGGAACGUGCGUUCCUUUAUGGGGGUCAAGAAUUGGCCCUGGAUGAAGAUGUUCUUCAAGAUAAAACCUCUGUUGGUUUCAGCAGAGACUGAAAAGGAGAUGGCCAACAUGAAAGAAGAAUUCCUGACGCUUAAAGAGCUUUUUGCUAAAAUGGAUGCCCGUCGAAAGGAGCUGGAAGAGAAGAUGGUCUCUGUUCUCCAAGAGAAGAAUGACCUACAAAUGGCUGUCUUAUCUUCAGAAGACACACUUGGUGAUGCUGAAGAAAGAUGUGAGGGUCUGAUAAAGAGCAAGAUCCAGCUUGAGGCCAAAGCCAAAGAGCUGACAGAGAGGCUGGAGGAUGAGGAGGAGAUGAAUGGAGAGCUGACUGCUAAGAAGAGGAAGCUGGAAGACGAGUGCUCUGAACUAAAGAAGGACAUCGAUGACCUGGAGCUCACCCUGGCCAAAGUGGAGAAGGAGAAACAUGCCUCAGAAAACAAGAUUAAAAACCUGACCGAAGAGAUGGCAGCUCUCGAUGAAAUGAUUGCCAAGCUGACCAAGGAGAAGAAAGCUUCUCAGGAGGCACAUCAGCAAACCCUGGAUGACCUGCAGAGUGAAGAGGACAAGGUCAACACUCUGACCAAGGCCAAAGCCAAACUGGAACAGCAAGUUGAUGAUCUUGAAGGGUCUAUGGAGCAAGAGAAGAAGGUGAGGAUGGACCUUGAGAGAGCCAAAAGAAAGCUGGAGGGAGAUUUAAAGUUGACCCAGGAAAGCCUAAUGGACCUGGAGAAUGACAAGCAGCAGACUGAGGAGAGGCUGAAGAAGAAGGACUUUGAAAUUAGCCAACUCAACAGCAGAGUUGAAGAUGAGCAAGCCAUGAGUUCCCAGCUCCAGAAGAAACUGAAGGAGCUGCAGGCUCAUAUCGAGGAGCUGGAGGAAGAGCUGGAAGCUGAGCGAGCUGCUCGUGCCAAAGUGGAGAAACAGAGAGCUGACUUGUCCAGAGAGCUGGAGGAGAUCAGCGAGAGGCUGGAGGAGGCCGGAGGAGCCACUGCUUCCCAGAUUGAGAUGAACAAGAAGAGGGAGGCUGAGUUCCAGAAGAUGCGACGAGACCUCGAAGAAGCCACUCUGCAGCAUGAGGCCACAGCCGCCACUCUGAGGAAGAAACACGCUGAUAGUGUAGCUGACCUGGGAGAGCAGAUUGACAACCUCCAGAGAGUCAAGCAGAAACUGGAGAAGGAGAAGUGUGAGCUCAGGCUGGAGUUAGAUGAUGUGGUCUCCAACAUGGAGCAGAUUGUCAAGGCGAAGACAAACUUGGAGAAAAUGUGUCGCACUCUAGAGGACCAGAUGAGUGAAUACAGAACAAAAGCUGAGGAAGGACAGCGAUCCAUCAAUGACUUCACAAUGCAGAGAGCCAAGCUUCAAACUGAGAAUGGUGAACUUGCCAGACAGUUGGAGGAAAAAGACUCUUUGGUCUCCCAGCUGACCAGAGGUAAGUUGUCUAAUGUUCAGCAGAUUGAAGAUCUCAAGAAACAGCUAGAGGAGGAAGUCAAGGCAAAGAACGCACUUGCCCAUGCAGUGCAGUCUGCUCGCCAUGACUCCGAUCUUCUGAGAGAGCAGUAUGAGGAGGAGCAGGAGGCCAAGGCAGAGCUGCAGAGGAGCAUGUCCAAGGCCAACGCUGAGGUGGCCCAGUGGAGAACCAAGUAUGAAACUGAUGCCAUUCAGAAGACGGAAGAGCUUGAAGAAGCAAAGAAGAAGCUAGCUCAGCGUCUGCAGGAUGCAGAGGAAGCUGUAGAAGCUGUAAAUGCUAAAUGUUCCUCCCUGGAAAAGACCAAACACAGACUCCAGAAUGAGAUUGAAGAUCUGAUGGUGGAUGUAGAGCGAUCCAAUGCAGCUGCCGCCGUUCUGGACAAGAAGCAAAGGAACUUUGACAAGGUCCUGGCUGAGUGGAAGCAGAAGUUUGAGGAGUCUCAAGCUGAGCUGGAAAGCUCCCAGAAAGAGGCCAGAUCUCUCAGCACUGAGCUCUUUAAACUCAAGAACUCAUAUGAAGAGUCUCUGGAUCAUCUGGAGACCUUGAAGAGGGAGAACAAGAACCUGCAAGAGGAAAUCUCUGACCUGACUGAGCAACUUGGUGAGGGAGGAAAGAGCAUACAUGAGCUGGAGAAGAUCCGUAAACAGGUUGAGCAGGAGAAGGCUGAAAUACAAAUGGCUCUAGAGGAAGCUGAGAGUUCCCUGGAGCAUGAGGAGGGAAAGAUCCUGAGAAUUCAGCUUGAGUAUAACCAGAUCAAAGCUGAUAUUGAUCGAAAACUUGCAGAGAAGGAUGAGGAAAUGGAGAUGAAUAAGAGAAACCAGCAGAGAGUAGUAGAUACCCUGCAAAGCUCCUUGGAGUCAGAGAGUCGCAGCAGGAAUGAGGCUGUCCGACUGAAGAAGAAGAUGGAGGGAGAUCUGAAUGAGAUGGAGAUCCAGCUGAGCCAGGCCAACAGGCAGGCAGCAGAGGCCCAGAAGCAUCUUAAAGGACUCCAUGCCCAACUGAAGGAUUCUCAAAUACAGCUGGACGAUGCUCUCCAUGGCAGUGAGGACCUUAAGGAGAACUUUGCCAUUGUGGAGAGACGCAACAACCUGAUGCAAGCUGAACUGGAUGAGCUCAGGUCCUUGGCGGAGCAGACUGAGAGAGGCCGGAAACUGGCUGAGCAGGAAUUGCUGGAUGUUAGUGAGAGAGUUCAGCUGCUACACUCACAGAACAACAGCCUGCUGAGCCAGAAGAAGAAGUCAGAGGGCGACACAAACCAGCUUUUGACUGAAGUAGAAGAGGCAGUGCAGGAAUGCAGGAAUGCUGAGGAAAAGGCCAAGAAGGCCAUUACUGAUGCUGCCAUGAUGGCAGAGGAGCUGAAGAAAGAGCAGGACACCAGUUCUCACCUAGAGAGGAUGAAGAAGAACAUGGAGCAGACCAUCAAAGACCUGCAGCACCGCCUGGAUGAGGCUGAACAAAUCGCCAUGAAUGGAGGCAAGAAGCAGAUCCAGAAGCUGGAGGCCAGAGUGAGGGAGCUAGAGACUGAGCUAGAAAUGGAGCAAAAGAGGAGCAGUGAUUCUGUGAAAGGAGUCCGCAAAUAUGAAAGACGAAUCAAGGAGCUCACCUACCAGAAUGAGGAAGAUCGUAAGAAUUUGAGCCGUCUACAGGACUUGGUGGAUAAACUGCAGCUGAAGGUCAAAUCCUACAAGAAGACUGCAGAGGAGGCCGAGGAACAAGCCAAUUCUAAUUUGGCCAAGUUUCGCAAGAUUCAACAUGAACUGGAUGAGGCAGAGGAGAGAGCUGACAUUGCUGAGUCUCAGGUCAAUAAGAUGAGAGCCAAGUCUCGUGAUGUCGGUUCCAAGAAAGCAAAAGCUAAGGAGUGAGGCCAAGGUUUGUGAUGCCAGCUUCCAGCUCAGAAACUCUGGGUAUAAAUGCCACACCUUCAGUUUUCUGUUGUUAAUAGCACAGUAAUAUUGGACUUCAAAUGUUAUCUUGACUAAAGAUAAGUCAAAUAAUUACUAAAUUAUUUACUAAAU